GGUCUGCAGGCCAAGUGCAGGCUGAGGGCCCUCAGCGGCACAGAGGCUGGCCCAUCCCCCCACUUGCCCUGGCAUGUCAGGAUGAUCAAGGCUAUGUGUCUGACCCACAGACCCCGGCACCAGGAAGGCACGGGCGGCCCCCACCACCCAGAAGAGCAGCUGCCACCAGCGUCUGGGGCAUGAGGGAGCCCCCUUCCCCAGGCCACCUCGAGGAGAAGGCCAUUCCACCUGGAAACUCGGGCCAUGUGGGGCUCCCAGGAGCUGCUUCCGCUCUGGUUCCUGGUCCUGGCAGCAGGCGGCAUGGAGCACGUCUACCGGCCUGGACGCAGGGUGUGUGUCGUCGGGGCUCCCCGGGGCCCUGUGUCCGAGUCUUUCGUGCAGCGUGUAUACCAGCCCUUCCUCACCACCUGCGAUGGGCACCGAGCCUGCAGCACCUACCGGACCCUCUACAGGACCGCCUACCGUCGCCACCCCGGGCCGGCCCCCACCCGGCCUCGCUACGCCUGCUGCCCUGGCUGGAAGCGGACCGGCGGGCUGCCAGGGGCCUGUGGGGCAGCAAUAUGCCAGCCACCAUGUCAGAACGGAGGGAGCUGUGUCCAGCCUGGCCGCUGUCACUGCCCUGCAGGAUGGCGGGGCGACGCCUGCCAGACAGAUGUGGACGAGUGCCGCGCCGGAGGGGGCGGCUGUCCCCAGCACUGUGUAAACACGGCGGGCAGUUACUGGUGCCGGUGUCGGGAGGGCCACUGGCCAUCUGUGGACGGGGCAGUCUGCCUGCCUGAGAGAGGGGCCCCCAGGGUGACCCCAGGCCCUGCGACAGGAGCAGACAGUGAGGUCAAGGAAGAAGUACAGAGGCUCCAGUCAAGGGUGGACGUGCUGGAGCAGAAGCUGCAGCAUGUGCUGGCCCCACUGCACAGCCUGGCCUCGCGCGCCCUGGAGCAUGGGCUCCCUGACCCAGGCAGCCUCCUGGCCCACUCCCUCCGGCAGCUGGACCGCAUCGACUCUCUGAGCGAACAGAUAUCCUUCCUGGAAGAGCAGCUGGGCUCCUGUUCUUGCAAGAAGGAGGUGUGACAGGCCCACCUGCCCAGUCCUGGCUACCGAGAGCCCGGAGAGACUCUCCUCACCCCGCCCCACCUCUGCUGACCACGGAGGCCCCGGGGCCCAUUGCCCCCCUCCCCCAGGGCAAGGCGGGGUGAAGGUCGUCCUGUGUGAAUCCAGCCCCAGCCAGCCAGCCCCCUGCAC